AUGACUUUAUUAGCUUUCCAUAUAUCCGCAACAGUUUCAAGGAAGCCAUCCCCUCUACAGUCCCCAGCCCCUGGCUCUGUCCUUUACCGACCGACAAGUCUACCAGACCUCUCCCCCCAUUCCUCAUCCCAGCCUCGCUCCCUCAAAACGACCCCUUCACCCACCAUCCCUUCCCCAGCUUUGUCGCCUAAGAAGGAAGCACAGAGACCCUCGCCGGUAAGCUCCACCCUGCCCUCCCCCAACGUGAUCAUAGCCGCAGCGUCGGGGUUACCUCAUUCAAGUGGAUUGAUGGAAACACAGCAGAUUAUCUUGAACUCUACCGCUCAGAUUAAUCUCAAAUCCGUCAAAGACAGCCUCGCCUCCAAAUUAACCAAGACCAAGACCUUCCUCCAGUCCAUCGGCGACAGCAACCCCCUCUCACCCAAGGAAGAGGAGCGUUCUGCACCCCCUCUCCAGCCACGCCCUUCCCCCUCCUCGAGCCCCAUCUUGGCCAGUCCCACACACAGGAAAGUGUCCUCCUCAGCGAACCAGCACAAGGAGAUUGCCUUUCAGCAGUCUACUGAGAGGUUCCAGCCUCCGCCGGGAACUUCACCUUCGCCUGGAGCUUGUUCACCUGAUAAUGGGGGAUUUUCACAAGAGAGUGAAGAAAUCGAAAUUGAUUCCAGGCUCGAUGAUGUGAUUGAAGCUACAAAGACCGCUUGCAAGCGAAGCUCAGAAGACCCUAAGACCUGUUACGCCCCCAGCGCCAUGAGAGGUGUUCUACUUGACUUGGGUUGA